UUUUUAAUUUUUUGUAGCCAUAGUAUCCCGUCAGUUUGUGGAGAUGACCCGAGCUCGUAUUGAAGGUCUCUUGGCUGCUUUUCCGAAGCUACUGAGUUCUGGCCGUCAACAUACUUUUGUUGAAACUGAAAGUGUACGUUAUGUGUAUCAACCCAUGGAAAAGCUGUAUACUUUGUUGAUUACGACCAAAGCUAGCAAUAUUCUUGAGGAUCUGGAAACACUGCGUCUUUUUACAAGAGUAAUUCCCGAGUACUGUAAAUUUAUGGAUGAACAAGAUAUUAUUAACAACUCAUUCAACUUGAUCUUCGCAUUUGAUGAAAUUGUUGCCCUUGGUUACAGAGAAAAUGUGAACUUAGCUCAAAUUAGAACUUUUGUGGAAAUGGAUUCACAUGAGGAGAAAGUUUAUCAAGCUGUUCGACAGACACAAGAGAAAGAGGCUAGGCAGAAGAUGAAAGAAAAGGCAAGGGAACUGCAGCGUGCAAAACAAGAAGCAACUAAAAAAAAUCGUAGUCCGGGCUUUGGAUCCAGUAGUAGCUACGGUUAUCCACCUUCACCAGUUGUUGGAGAUACGGCUCCAGUUGUACCUGACACUCAACCAAAGCAGGCUUAUUCUGCUCCUAGUCGACCUGCAGGUGGUGGAAAAGCCAUGAAGCUUGGAAGCAAAAACAAGGAUAUUGAUUUAUUUGUUGAUAUGCUGAAAUCUGAAGGAGAAACUCUUGAUACUACCUCAAGUUCAAAACCAGCUGUGAGUGCAAAACCUCAGACUCAUACUGAAAGUGUGCACUUGCGCUGUGAAGAGAAGAUAACCGUAGUUGCUAAGCGAAAUGGAGGCUUGGAUUCUUUAGAAGUCCAUGGUAUAGUGACUCUGAACAUAGCAGAUGAGAAGUAUGGGUGCAUCCGAAUCAAAAUUGAUAAUCAGGAUGAAAAAGGAAUUCAAAGCCAGACGCAUCCUAAUAUUGAUAAGGAAUUGUUUAGAAGUUCUCAGAUAAUUGGCAUGAAAAACUCAGCUAAACCAUUUCCUGUCAAUGUUGAUGUUGGUGUCCUGAAGUGGCGUUUCCAAAGUCAGGAUGAAAGCUAUGUUCCUUUGUUGAUAAACUGUUGGCCUUCAGAAAAUGGUAGUGGUUGCUGUGAUGUCAAUAUUGAAUAUGAGUUACAGAUAGAUAGUCUGGAGCUGAAUGAUGUAGAAAUCCAAAUUCCAGUGCAUGGAACACCUGUGGUUUCAGAAUGUGAAGGACUGUAUGAGCAUGAUGGACGAAAGAACCGAUUAUUAUGGAAGUUGCCUGUUAUAGAUUCUUCUAACAAAACUGGAUCUAUGGAAUUCUCUUGCAGUGGAAAACCAUCUGAUUUCUUUCCUAUUUCUGUGGAAUUCGAAUCACUUUCAUCCUAUUGUAACAUAAAGGUAGGAGAUGUAGUAACACUUGACAAUGAACCAGUGAAGUAUUUUUCAGAAUCUGUAUUUUUUACAGAGAAGUAUGAAGUUGUCUAGAUUUGUUAUGUGAAAAAUUCAUUCAUUUUGUAGCUUUUCGUUGAAGAAACUGUGUGAGGAACUGUUUCUUAUUUGUGUUGAACUCAAAAUCUUGUUUGUAUAUCUAAAAAUUAUUGAUUUCUUUAUUAUAUACAAAAUAAAUAUUAUAUUUUUCAUUGUGUA